AUGGCAUCAAGACCUUCAAAACGAAUCAAGCUAGACUCCGGCCAGCAUGAUGUCCCAUCAGCCUCGCAGGGAUCAUCUCCUGAUGGCAACUUGGCAAACCCAGCAUCCAUCCGUGCGAAGAGAGCUGCCUUUCUCAGUUCAAUUUCAAGGUCAAUCUCACCGCCGGGGAUCUCGAGGUCUGGGACAACGACACCUCAGCCACAAAAUGAGAUGAAGGGAGCUGUGAAAAGGGAGGCCACUUCUCGUUCUCCGCCGUCACCAAACCAUUCUCCCAAGCCUGUACAUGAAGGCUCAGACGUUCCCUUCACCGACUCUAAAUCCAAGCCAGCUUCUGCAACGAAGCUCCUCCCGUCCCCCUUCAGACUCACUACGAUCCGUGACCUCCCACCUUCAAAGAAUGUCGACUCUGUCUCACUAUAUGACAUUCUGGGAAACCCAUUGAUCAAGGAAGCGUGGAUCUUCAAUUACUGCUUCGAUGUCGAUUGGCUUAUGACGCAUUUCGAUUCCGACAUUCGCUCCAGUGUCAAAGUGAAGAUCCUUCAUGGCUCAUGGAAGAAUGACUCCCUGAACAAGAUCGGCAUCGACGAUGCCUGCCGAAGAUGGCCCAACGUUGAAGCCGCAACUGCUUAUUUGCCCGACCAGUUCGGAACUCACCAUAGCAAGAUGUUUGUUCUCUUCACUCACGACGACCUGGCGCAGGUUGUCAUCCACACCGCGAAUAUGUUGGAGAAGGACUGGACAAACAUGACCCAGGCGGCGUGGCUAUCCCCUAUGCUCCCACUACUCGAGGUAAAGCAGGUGAUAAACAAAUCUGGAAAAAUAGGAACUGGGACGAGGUUCAAGCACGAUCUGCUGGCCUAUCUCGCCGCAUACGGAUCAAAAACAAAGCCUCUGCGGGAACAACUCGCACAGUUCGAUUUUAGGAGCGUCAGAGGUGCCCUUGUUGCUUCCGUCCCAUCGCGAAUGAAGGAGUCCGCAGUCACACAGAAUAACGCGGCCGUGGACGUAAAACUCUGGGGCUACCCGAGUCUAUUGCGAGCAUUGAGAUCGAUCCUCUUGCAUCAACAGCAGACCAACCCCUCGGACAAGCAGACAAGCACAGAGCCUCCCCAUAUUGUUUGCCAAAUUUCCUCGAUCGCCACCCUCCCACAAAGCUGGCUGAAUCAAUUCUUCCCAGUCUUCUACUCGGCUCUGCAAUCUACCUCAUCCAGUCCGCCACGGGAGUGGGAACCCAAGCACAUCUCAAUCAUCUACCCGACACCCCAAAAUGUUGCGACCUCACUCGACGGCUACGCGUCUGGCGGGUCCAUCCACACAAAGGCCCAGUCCGCUGCUCACCUGAAACAAAUCGCCUCCCUUCGGAAUUCAUUGUGCCAAUGGACCAAGGGCAUGACGAAGGAGACAAGGGCAGGAAGAGACGAGGCGGCGCCACAUAUCAAGACAUACGUGUGUUUCACAAGUAAACCGACAACAUCCCACCCGAGACCGGAGGUGAAGUGGGCGCUGUUGACGAGUGCGAACCUAAGUCAACAAGCUUGGGGGUCGCUCCGGCCGAAAGACAAGGAAAUCGUGGUGCAGAGCUACGAGAUCGGUGUGCUCGUCUGGCCAGAGUUAUUCGCGGAGAACUUCGACGCUGAAGAAGCCGGCGAGACGGACCAGCAGCAGGUUGCAGACGGCGGAAACGGCAAUGCGGUCCACCGCGAACCCACGGAAAAGAUCAAGAUGAUCCCCGUGUUCGGCAAAGACACACCUCAGCCUCAGCCUUCACACACUUUGGACGCCGCGGUGGCUGAAUCUUCCAGGCCCGAAACUCUGGUCGGUCUACGCGUGCCCUACGACCUCCCUCUCACGCCCUAUGAGAAAGGCGACAUGCCAUGGAGUCCUCAGGGCGUGUAUGAGCAGCCCGACCGAUGGGGCAGACGAUGGCCUCGAGAUUUCGCCUGA